AUAUACAUUAAAUAUAUAAUAAAAGUAAAAUCAUCAAGAUUUUUAUUUGAUGAAAGUUCUGAAAUAAGAACAGCACAAAUUAAUUUAAAUGAUCCAAAUCAUCAAUCACUUAUACAAAAUAAUUUUAAUUUAAGUGCUGAUGAAAUUCGACGUAUUCGAAUACAUAGUGAACAAAAAUCAGUACAUGAAUCAACCGUACCAAAUGAUGAAAAUGAUCGUUUUAAAAUAUUAAAGGAUGAUAGGAAAGAAAACAUUCGUAAUAAAUUAUUUGAUAUACGUGAAAAAAUUUCUCCACCCGAAGAAUUAACACAUGAAAUGGCAGCAUAUCCAUCAUGUAAUCAAAAUAAUGAAACACAAUGGUUACAUGAAAAUAAUAUAACAGUAAAAUUUUCGGCAUCAUUUUUCGUAAGAGAUGAAAAAAAUUUAUAUUUGGAUACAGCAGUUUUAAGAUUAUAUAAAUUAAAUCCUCAUAAUACAACAAAUAGAACAACAAGAUCAGCUGAAAGUAAUGAUUGUGAUCAACCACCGAUGGACGCACAAAUACGUGUUACAGUAUCAACAAUACAAGCACAUCGUAGAAAUAGAAGAGAUAGAAAAAAACGUAUUUGUAAUACAGUUAUGUUAAAUAGUUCACAUCGUGGUUGGGUUGAAAUUGAUGUUAAACGUGCUAUUAAUAUAUGGGAUAAAUUUGAUAAACAAUCACAUGAUCAAAAUCAUAAUAAUACAAAUGAUAGUAAACCAGUUAUGGUUGGAUGGUUAACAAUUGAAGUACAUGAUGAAGAAGAGAGACCAUUAAAACCUGGAUUAUAUUUCGAGCCGCCAAAAUGCUCGCAGGCAUAUCCAGCGUUACCCUGGAAUGCGUACCGGAUAUACUAUACUACUCCAGCUGAUAUGGAGAAAGUGCCAAAGUCACCAAGGCUCGAUGUAAAAUUAAUUGAUUUACGUGGUUUAAGAAGUUCAACACUUAAAAGAUCAAGAACACCAUUAGAUUUUAAUGCAUUCGAUUAUUUAAAUUUUGAUCAAUCAUAUACACAAACAGAUUGUAAUCAAACACAUAUACAUCAUCAUCAUGGACAUCAUAAUAUUGCUAAUGAACAUGAAUUUAAUCAUCAUAAUAAUAGUGUUAAUCCUGAAGAUAUUUUAUAUUAUGCUGACAAAAAAUUAAAUGCAACUGCUAAAAAACGUAUUGAUGAAAUAUUAUUUUCAACAGUAUCAGCAUUAGCACCAUAUGUUUCAUCAGCACAAUAUGAAAAAUUUGAAAAUUCAGGAUCAACAUCAUCAUCAUCAUCAUCGAUGCCAUCAUCAUCAUUAUCAUCAUCAUCAUCGUUAGAAUCAAAACAUCAUAUAAAAAGGCAUAUAUUAAAUCAACAAAUUCAACAACAUUUACAACAACAACAACAAAGGCAACAUAAUCAUCAGCAACAACAACAACAACAUCAUCAUGAACAUCAUAAUCAUAAUCGAAAUAAUGGACGACGUCAUAUUAGACAGAAACGUCAAAAUAAUAUUUCAAAUACUAAUAAGAAAAUUAAUUUAAAUUCAAAUACAGGUAAAAAUAGUUUAAAUAACGAUGAUUAUAACAGUAUAAUUAAUAACAGUACAUCAAUACUUAUGAGAAAAUUAAGGCAAUAAUUUUAUUGCAUAUUUGUUUUACUUUUUUGUUUUUAUUUUCAUUUUUUUUAUUUUGUUAUAAUUUGAUGGCA